AUGAAGUUUUUCCCAUAUAUCAGAACUGUUAGUCUUCCAAAAAUUCAUAGAGGUACUUCCCUCAUUUUACCUGUGUAUGUGUUGCUAUGCCCCUCAUUUGAGCCCGACUACUUUGAUGUACACCAUGGAAAUGGAACUCAAGAAAUAUUUGAGCAGAACAAAACAGUGUUGUAUAUAUCCUUACAUAGACAUGAAGGUGGAAAAUUCUACCCUGGUACAGGCGCUGCCCAUGAGGUGGGGUCCAUGGGUGGAGAAGGGUAUUGUGUAAAUGUUCCAUGGAGUCGUGGAGGAGUUGGGGACCAUAGUCAUAGGAUUCGCCAAAGUAGUCACGAUCCACGUUCCAAACGGCUCGAUCCCAAACGGGGUACGAUUGCGUAUCGAUCGCCAACAGAAACGCCCUCCGGUACGUCAUGCUUGCGAUCCCACCAAUUCUUUAAAUCGAUACCUGAAACGUGA